AUGAAAAACACAAUUUUGUUUCCUAGUUUUGGCAGCUCCUUCUUUUACUCGACGCUAGAAGUAGAAUCAGAUGAACUGGACGAUGAAGUAGAACACGAGGAGCUCGUCGAUGAGGUAGAUGAUGAUGAUGAUGAAUUUAUACGGCCACGUUUUACAGAUUGCUCUGGUUUAUAUUCGUCACCACUAUCAUCUGCAGAAAAGUCUUUAGUUUCGCCUUCACUACCAUUUUCGUCGUUAGCUAGGAUUGGUGGCGAAUUUGUAUUAUUUAGGGAAGAUAUAAUAUUUUCCGUCACAGUUAAUGCUGUUUGGUCUGCAGGACUUUGGUACUCGUUUUAA